AAUAGGAGGUAUAUGUAUCUAAGUCGAGGCUUGUAACGGUCUGUUACUACCUAGCCCUCACACUGUAUCAAACCGGCAUUCAGACUCCCUGGUGUAAGUUUAUAUGAGAGACAUUUUAGCACUGGGCCUCAGUACAUUGGAGAAACUUUACUGAAUAUCACAACCUAUUGUGAUAACCAUGAAUUACACUUGGACCAAGGAUUUGUGUGAUCGCUUUUUGGACACUGAUGGUCACUCCGAGCUCCGGCCGCAGACCCUGUUAGAUACAUUAGUGACCACUACGUCCACUGAUACCUGCACAGUGACAACUCUAGUACUCUCCAUCAUCUUCUGUAUUUGCGGAGUGGUGACAAAUCUCAUCAACAUCCUGGCAUUUACAUGUAACUCUGAGGUCCAAGAUGAUAAAACAUCUUUCCUGAUGACAAUUGUCGUCUCGGAUUUACUCUUCCUGUUAAGCAACCUGCCUUAUUUUAUUCUCCAGACCGGAUACAUUCAUCUGGACCAGUCACAGUAUGCCCAGCUUGGCAUUUACAUUGGAAUAAGGUAUGCACUCAGCUUCAUUCUGAUAUGUGCAUCCUCCUGGAUGCUGGUUGCCUUGGUUACCAAAAAGAUCCUCUCCACACAGAUUGAGGGUGACGACACUAGCAUUAAGCCUCUGAGGGAAUCUGACCAGGCUGCUGAUGGUAAGGAACAGACAAAAUUUCUGCUGAAAUCCUCCUCCGUGUGUAUUGUGGCCCUACCAGUUGUUGCAACAUUUAUCCAUGGUGUCAAACUGUUUGAAUACCAGAUAGCAGGUGACAGUCCUGACGCUCCGUGGUUGAUGAAGAAACGUCUAACAGGACUUGAAUAUGAGCUUUACACAGUCACUGUUAAUGUUGCAGUGACCAUGCUUGCUCCAUACAUGUUUCUGUUGUGCUCAACUGUUUAUUAUCUGGUGAAGGUCGUGACGGUCAUGAUGCGAAGGAAGGGUGAGAGGGAACCGAUUCUGGACAUCUGGCUACUGUGUCUGCUUGGAAUCCUCCAUCUUGUGUGUUACGGAGGAUCACUUUACCAGCAAAUGACUGUGUUAUUCACAAAAGUCGUUCCAGUAGACAACUCAUGUUCUGAUAACAUAAACACUACCCUCAUCAUUCUGAAUGCAUCAGUCAAAAUCCUCCUGUUCAAACUCUUUACCUACCAUUUCAAGCGGUAUCAACUUCCUCUUAAGGAUGUGUCCUAUUUCCUAACGAAGCAAAACAAGGGUGAUGUUGUACGGGGCUUGAACUACUCCUUCAGUAACCCAAGUUAUGACAAGGAAAGGGACUGAAACUCACAGGUCUACUGACUUUACACGGUGUGACUUAUGUAUACUGUGUAGAUACCUGAAUAUUAGACACCAAGUUACGACCAGGAAAGGGACUGAACCUCACAGGUC